UUCAGUAAUGGUGAUUAGGGAAUGAACAUCAAAAGAACAGACAAUAAGAAAAAAGGUUCUUGCCAACGGCCUUAUGUAAAACAAAAAUGACUUCAUUGUAAACAUUUUAAAGUAUACUCUGUCUUACUGUGGAGUAUCAUUAGCGGUGUGUCAAUUUGCUAGUUUACAUACCGACUUUCUGAGACACAGGUUUCGAUCAACGUUUUUCCGAGCGACAGUGAAAAGACAUCUAGGACAAGUUUCUGGGCGUGUAACCAGGCGAACAUGAAGAGGGCAAUGAAGAUUUUACUAGGGUUGCCCAUCCUCUAUUUGAUUUCCUGCUAUGUUUGUGUCAAUGCCGUUUAUCUGGAUGAACCAGAUUGUGGCGUUAUAUAUGGGGACACAACUGAAGUGAAGAAAAUGGAUUAUAUAUAUGAACCCCUGCGGACUAUAUACUAUCAAAGCCUAUGGAACCGCAUGACUGAGAGCCUUUAUAAUCACUCACGGGCGUUGGGCUACAUCGACCGAUUGUCAAAUGUUGUGAAGGAAGUUCCUCAUCUGUCACUGGGAAGGCCUGUUUGUCAACCUGAAACAAAGACGAUAUAUGGGUAUUUCAAACUUGGUGGAAAAGUGCUGUGUCUUAUAGUAGAGCCGAAUCUUCAGCAAGUCGAACACAUAUCCUGCUCAGAGAAAACGUGCUGCAACAAUGUCUCAAGGUGUUUCGAGAGUGGAAUCUUCACACAAAGGAUUCUUGUGUACUGCGACUACUUUUUUCCUGAGUUGCCUAGUUCCAUUGAUAUAAUUGAGGACGACCCGGCCCUUUUGGACACAGAGGCCCUCCUUGAAGACCACGAUGACGGAAAUCGAAGAAAGCGCUCUAUUGCUAGCGACACUGGUUAUUUCGCUUUCAGAUUUUUAGAAAGGCCUUCCACUUGUUCCUGUGGCCUAUGUUAUGAAAUCUAAUCCCUGUGGUGUUUGUGAAGGAUUUUACGGGAACAGCAACAUACAAGAAAUCAAUCUUCCUCCAAUCGUUCGGUAGUUUUAAAUAACACAAAACUGAUAAUUAUUUCGGAUGAUACCCUUAAGUAUUUUUCAUAGUCUUCAAACAUGUUUCCAUAUCAAUAUUUUGAAUAAGUUUGUCAGUUACUUGAAUCUUUUGAUUGGCAAAUUAAAUAAAUGAUUUGUGGAGGCUGAAAAACCC